AUGGAAGCAGAGGAAGAUGUCCAGACUGUAUUGACACAGGAGACCCAUGAGCUGGCAGACAUUCUGAGCCAUCAAGAGGAAGCCUUUCUCACCAUGCUCUAUAAAAUGAUGGACAGCAGAGCGCGGGAACGGCUCGUGCGCCUUGCCAGCCAAAUGGAACGCAUCAUGGGGUUGUUGAAUUACUUCAGGACAGCAGACCCUGCUAUUUGCCGCAAAUUUCUUCAAAUGGUCUGCAUGCACUGCGACAUGGCAAUGCGUCUGGAAUCUCGGCUGAUGUCUGUGGCCGGAUCUGUGACUAGUAAGUAAGACUAGUAUGCCUGCCCAUACUGACCAUCCAUAAUAUCCACACUGUAGCCUAGUUAUUCAGUUAUGGGGAAGAUGUUGAUAUCAGGGUGGGGUUUCCUUUUCCAUUUCUGUCCCUCAAAUGUUGACUCCCAACAAUAAACAAUAAACACCCCACUGACAAUGCAGUAACUCUGUGGAUAGAGUUAGGCUUAGUUUUACCCCUUAUUGGAAGUUUGAUUUGUUUGACUGUGCAGGUGAUCCUCGGCCUACACCAGCAAGUGAGCCCCUAUCCCUCUGUGAUCCAGGUAAUCAAUCAGUCAAUCAUCCCAUUUUACUGCAGCUGUUCAGUCAGUUUUUACCCUCUUUUUCCAAAGUAAUUUAAGGGGAUAUGAAGUGUUUUUUGUGUAAGAUGACACCUGUGUGUGAUAUUCAGGCAAGAAAUCGGUCAAAGGUCCAACAGCAGAUAACACACUAAAAACAGCAUAAAAAUUGUUAAGUACAUCUGGAAGUAAAAUAGUGGUUUUGUCUCAGACAUAACUUACUGCAAUGUUUUUCUAUCCAGCAAAUGUUCUGUUUGUUAUCUCAGUUACUGACAGUCAUUCAAUUAGCCAUGUCAGCUAACAAUUUUUAAUUUGGUAAAUUAGUCUAGCCAGCUAUCUAAAUUUGUACUAAUGUCCAAAUACUGAUGGGCAUGCAGGGCAUGUGCCCAGGGGCCCUGACCUCCGGGUGUACCCCAUUGAUUUUGUAAGUGAUUUUGUUAGCCAAAUCUCGCUUACGGGUACCCCAAAGGCCCUGGAGAAGAGUGUCAUGCAAUGCUUAUGCAAUUCUGUUUAACCACUGUCCCUCUUCAUAUUUUCUUGGGUUUCCCCUAUAUUUCCAUUAUUGGGUUCUCCAUUUUGUUUUCUUCUCAGAAGAAGUCGUUGAAAACAACAGCCAUACCCUGGUUGAUGAGUAUAUACCAUCUCAAGGUUGGUGUGUAAAACGCCCACGAAUAGGUAAAUACCAGUCUUUUCAUGACACCCAGAUGGUUUUGUGGCAUAUCUCAAUAAGAUUUCUUAUGGGGUUUCAAUUUUAAAGGACUUGCAUACUGUGUGAGCUAUCUCUGUUACCUGAAAUGUGUCUUUGUCUUCACUUUAUGAGAGUUGUUUGAUUCGAAAUUAGUACACAAUCACAAAAUAUAUUUUGUAAACAAAUUCAUGAACAGCCUGUAAAAUAACAAAAACGUGUGUUAUUUUAUAAGAUGUUCUUUGUGUGUCCAGACCACAUAGAAAGCUACAAGGCUGCUGUGAGGAGAUUUCUACUGCAGAGGUGGGAGAGGGUGAUGCAGGGUGUCGUGAAGGAGGUUCGUCUGGAAGAGGCCUGGGUCAGUCUGCACCGCAGAACCCAUGUUAGACCCAGAGACAGGGCUGAUGGAGGUCUGAGCCCCUCAAAGCUUCCGCAGGGGGGCGAGGAGGGGGCUGUGGAGGACAGGGUGACUGUUCACUCCCUCCUGGGUUCAGAAGCCCAGGUCACACUGCUGUUGGGCCAGGCAGGGUCAGGGAAGACCCUACUGAUGCACUGUCUUGGCCAGCAAUGGACUCAGGGCGCCUUUCCCUCCUUUCACCUACUGAUCCUGCUAGAGUUCCGCCAGCUCAACCUCGUAGCUCGGCCGCUGUCUCUGAAGGAGCUGCUCUUUCGCUUCUUCCUCCCACCAGAGGGUGGAGAGGAGGAGGGUACCGCUGUGGUUGACUUCAUCCUUGAAAACCCUGAGAAAAUAUGCUUGAUCUUUGAUGGCUACGACGAGUUUCACACUAAAAUCACCCAUUCAGGCAAACUGAGCAGCCCAUUUGACCCAUGGUGCCCGCUCCCCAUGGCAGAGCUGAUCUCAGGCCUGUACAGUCGCAGGAUCCUCCCAGGAUGCACUCUGUUGAUUACCUGUAGGCCUCGGGAUGUGACAGACCUGGAGAGCUCUGUGGACUGCAUCGGGGAGCUGCUAGGCUUCAAUCAACGCAUUGUGAAAGAAUAUGCUGAACAGUACUUCCAGGACAAGGGUCUGGAUCUGAAGGAGAAGGCAGUGAGUCAUCUACUGGCCAACCACCACCUCCUCACCAUGUGUUACCUGCCAGCCCUCUGCCAUAUCUGCUGUGUGUGCCUGGACCACAUAUUCUCCAGUGGUGGAUCUCAGCUUUUACCCCAGCUGCCAAACACCCUCACCCAGGUCUACCUCCAGAUCCUCUGUGCCUUUCUGAGCCGAUGCCCAGGGAGCAUCACACCCCUGUUGCAGAGUCACAGGGCAGAGGUCACACAGCUGGGCCGCCUGGCUAUGAGGGGCCUGGAGGGGAGCAAGAUUGUGUUCUUGUCUGAAGAGGUUCCACCAGACCUGUUGGACUUCGCCACUAAGGCUGGUCUCCUCUCACAGGUGGACCUGACCAAUGAGGAUGGAUCUAAAAGCCAGGGUUACACGUUCAUGCACCGAACCAUGCAAGAGUUUCUGGGCGCGCUACACCUCAUGACCAGCUUGGAGGUCACAGAGGCCCAGCUCAGGAAGAAGUUCAACCUCAAGACCCGCUGGACCACGAAAUCAGACCCCAAGACUGUCUUCACUGACUCCCUCCAUCUGUAUGUUUGUGGGCUUGCUGCCCCAGCCUGCUCCUCCUACCUGCUCCAGCUUGUUGGGGGAGCGGGGGCUGUGGGGUGGGUGAAGAAACGCCUGGCACUAGUUCGCAAGUUGCUCCGAAGCCUGGCAAUGAGCACCAACCUGACUGGGCCCAAGGUGGUGGAGCUGUGCCACUGUGUCCAGGAGACCCAGGAUGCCCAGCUGGCCAGGGAGGUGGUAGGGUCGCGACCCUGCUUUGAACUAAGGAACAUCACGUUGAACCCUGUGGAUCUGGAUGCCCUGGCCUUUGUCAUCUCGUCUGCUGGAGUGGGCAUCGGGUUGGACUUUGGAGCCUGUUCUAUGGAGCUGGAGUGUCUCGAUAUUCUACCCAGCUGCCUGCACAUCGACUGUCUAAUGUGAGUUGAUGACUCAUUUAUACAUUGCGUACUAAACAAGGAUAAUCCUGCAUGAAAUUAAUUUCCUAUUUUUUUAACAAUCCCUCAGUUUUCGAAGCCGCAAGUAUGAUGACAGAUUUGCAGAUAAACUUUCUUGCAUCCUUCCCAGACUACCAACCCUGAAAAGAUUUGAGUGAGUCCUUCACUGAGUCACUCAGUUUUGAAAGGAUCAACUUUCAAAGUUUUUUGUUUGUGUGUGGAUGUGUACGCGAAUUGUCAAAGUGUGACGUGGAUAUUCUGCUCCUCUUCCCCAGGUUUAUCUGCGGUAACCUCACUGAUGUGGGAACUGCCAAACUUGCCAGAGCCCUGGAGAGCUGUCCACAGAUCACAGAGCUCAAGUAAAUGAUUAUUUACUUACCGUAACAACCAAAGAUUAUUACCACCACUUCAAGAUUUUAUAGACCUUUUAUCAGGAUCUAACCAAACUUGGUUAAAGAUACAGUACCAUAUUUGCCAUGAAAGUACAGUUGGUCUGAUUCGGUAUUGAACAGGUUUUGCAUUGUAUAAAAUGGUUUGUGUUGUCUGUCUGACAGUUUCAGUGACAACAGCCUGACAGACAGAGGAGUCAGGGAGAUUGCUGACAUCUUUCCCAAGCUGCCCAGUCUGGCCUCUGUCUCGUGAGUUUAUUGUUUCCUUGACUGGAUAAUUUGUGUUGCAUGAUCCUAGCCAUCUAUUUAUAUUACAAGUGUCUCUUAUUUCUACAUUUCAGCAAGCUUGCACUUUUGUAAUGUGACCUACAGUGAGGGAAAAAAGUAUUUGAUCCCCUGCUGAUUUUGUAUGUUUGCCCACUGACAAAGAAAUGAUCAGUCUAUAAUUUUAAUGGUAGGUUUAUUUGAACAAUGAGAGACAGAAUAACAACAAUAAAAUCCAGAAAAACGCAUGUCAAAAAUGUUAUAAAUUGAUUUGCAUUUUAAUGAGGGAAAUAAGUAUUUGACCCCCUCUCAAUCAGAAAGACUUCUGGCUCCCAGGUGUCUUUUAUACAGGUAACGAGCUGAGAUUAGGAGCACACUCUUAAAGGGAGUGCUCCUAAUCUCAGUUUGUUACCUGUAUAAAAGACACCUGUCCACAGAAGCAAUCAAUCAGAUUCCAAACUCUCCACCAUGGCCAAGACCAAAGAGCUCUCCAAGGAUGUCAGGGACAAGAUUGUAGACCUACACAAGGCUGGAAUGGGCUACAAGACCAUCGCCAAGCAGCUUGGUGAGAAGGUGACAAAAGUUGGUGUGAUUAUUCGCAAAUGGAAGAAACACAAAAGUCCUGUCAAUCUCCCUCAGCCUGGGGCUCCAUGCAAGAUCUCACCUCGUGGAGUUGCAAUGAUCAUGAGAACGGUGAGGAAUCAGUCCAGAACUACACGGGAGGAUCUUGUCAAUGAUCUCAAGGCAGCUGGGACCAUAGUCACCAAGAAAACAAUUGGUAACACACUACGCCGUGAAGGACUGAAAUCCUGCAGCGCCCGCAAGGUCCCCCUGCUCAAGAAAGCACAUAUACAGGCCCGUCUGAAGUUUGCCAAUUACCAUCUGAAUGAUUCAGAGGAGAACUGGGUGAAAGUGUUGUGGUCAGAUAAGACCAAAUUCGAGCUCUUUGGCAUCAACUCAACUCGCCGUGUUUGGAGGAGGAGGAAUGCUGCCUAUGACCCCAAGAACACCAUCCCCACCGUCAAACAUGGAGGUGGAAACAUUAUGCUUUGGGGGUGUUUUUCUGCUAAGGGGACAGGACAACUUCACCGCAUCAAAGGGACGAUGGACGGGGCCUCCUUCCCUCAGCCAGGGCAUUGAAAAUGGGUCAUGGAUGGGUAUUCCAGCAUGACAAUGACCCAAAACACACGGCCAAGGCAACAAAGGAGUGGCUCAAGAAGAGGCACAUUAAGGUCCUGGAGUGGCCUAGCCAGUCUCCAGACCUUAAUCCCAUAGAAAAUCUGUGGAGGGAGCUGAAGGUUCGAGUUGCCAAACGUCAGCCUCGAAACCUUAAUUUGGAGAAGAUCUGCAAAGAGGAGUGGGACAAAAUCCCUCCUGAGAUGUGUGCAAACCUGGUGGCCAACUACAAGAAACGUCUGACCUCUGUGAUUGCCAACAAGGGUUUUGCCACCAAGUACUAAGUCAUGUUUUGCAGAGGGGUCAAAUACUUAUUUCCCUCAUUAAAAUGCAAAUCAAUUUAUAACAUUUUUGACAUGCGUUUUUCUGGAUUAUUUUGUUGUUAUUCUGUCUCUCACUGUUCAAAUAAACCUACCAUUAAAAUUAUAGACUGAUCAUGUCUUUGUCAGUGGGAAAACGUACAAAAUCAGCAGGGGAUCAAAUACUUUUUUCCCUCACUGUAUGUGUGUUGUAUGUUUUCAGGUUGGGGAGGAAUGGCUGCUCUCUGGAGAGUAUAUACACCCUUCUAGAGAAGAUCACUUACAUCCCCUCCAUCCAGGGACUCUAUGCUGAGUGAGUUCAGACAAUAGACACUUCUUAUGUUCACAAAUAGAACCUCCAGUUGUAAUCUGCAUACUUGAUCAUAUAGUGCCUUCUGAAAGUAUUCACACCCCUUUACUUUUUCCACAUUUUGUUGUGUUACAAGGUGGGAUUAAAAUUGAUUUAAUUGUCAUUUUUCGUCAACAAUCUACACAAAAUGCUCUAAUGUCAAAGUGGAGGACAAAUUCUAACAUUUGUAAAAAAAUAUAUAAAACAAAAAAAGAAAGAAAGAAAAAAUAAUGAAAAAUAAAACACUAAUAUAUCUCGAUUACACAAGUGUUCAACUUCCUGAGUCAAUACAUGUUAGAAUCACCUUUGGCACCGAUUACAGUUGUGAGUCUUUCUGGGUAAGUCUCUAAGAGCAUUGCACACCUGGAUUGUACAAUAUUUGCACAUUAUUCUUUUUAAAAUUCUUCAAGCUCUGUCAAAUUGGUUGUUGAUCAUUGUUAGACAGCCAUUUUCAAGUCUUGCCAUAGAGUUUCAAGCCGAUUUUAGUCAAAACUGUAGCUAGGCCACUCAGGAACAUUCAGUGUCAUCUCGGUAAGCAACUCCAGUAUAUAUUUGGCCUUGUUUUUUAGGUUAUUGUUCUGCUGAAAGGUGAAUUUGUCUCCCAGUGUCUGUUGGAAAGCAGACUUAACCAGGUUUUCCUCUAGGAUUUUGUCUGUGCUUAGCUCUAUUACAUUCCUUUUUUUCCUAAAAAAAAACUCCCUAGUCCUUGCCGAUGACAGGCAUAAUCAUAACGUGAUGCAGCCAUCACCAUGCUUGAAAAUAUGAAGAGUGGUAUUCAUUGAUGUGUUGUGUUGGAUUUUCCCCAAACAUAACGCUUUGUAUUCAGGACUUUAAGUUCAUUUCUUUGUCAUUUUUUUGUUUUGUUUUGCUUUAGUGCCUUAUUGCAAACAGGAUGCAUGUUUUGGAAUAUUUUUAUUCUGUUCAAGCUUCCUUCUUUUCACUCUGUAAUUUUGGUUAAUAUUGUGGAGUAACUACAAUGUUGUUGAUCCAUCCUCAUUUUUUUCCUAUCACAGCCAUUAACAUUUACAUUUACAUUUACGUCAUUUAGCAGACGCUCUUUUCCAGAGCGACUUCCAGGAGCAAUUAGGGUUAAGUGCCUUGCUUAAGGGCACAUCGACAGAUUUUUCACCUAGUCGGCUCGGGGAUUAGAACCAGCGACGUUUCGGUUACUGGCACAACGCUCUUACCCACUAAGCUACCUGCCGCCCCAUUAAGCUCUGUAACUGUUUUAAAGUCACCAUUGGCCUGGCCUCAUGGUUAAAUCCCUGAGCGGUUUCCUUCCUCUCCGGCAACUGAGUUAGGAAGGACGCCUGUAUCUUUGUAGUGACUGGGUGUAUUGAGACACCAUCCAAAGUGUAAUGAAUAACUUCACCAUUAUUUUUACCCAUCUACCGAUAGGUGCCCUUCUUUGCGAGGCAUUGGAAAACCUCCCUGGUCUUUGUGGUUGAAUCUGUGUUUGAAAUUCACUGCUCGACUGAGGGACCGUACAGAUAUUUAUAUGUGUAGGGUAGAGAGAUGAGGUAGUCAUUAAAAAAUUAUUGCACACCUAGUGAGUCCAUGCAACUUUACACCUGAACUUAUUUAGGCUUGCCAUAACAAAGGGGUUGAAUACUUAUUGAUUCAAGACAUUUCAGCUUUUAAUUUUGUAUUAAUUUGUAAACAUUUCUAAAAGCAUCAUUCCACUUUGACAUUAUGGGGUAUUGUGUGUAGGUCAGUGAAACAAAAUCUCAAUUUUAGCCAUUUUAAACUCAGGCUGUAACAUAACAAAAUGUGGAAAGAGUGUGUGAAUACUUUCUGAGGACACUGUAACUGAAAAAACAAAUACUGGGGAUGUAAACUAUGUUUUUCUCUCUCUUUGCAGUGGAGUGAAGGACAUCAAUGUCCUGUUUGUCCCAAUCUUAGACAUGAAAUGGUGAGGUUUUAGUGAAGUGAAAUAAAAGAAUAUGCAACUUUUAUACAUUUUUUCAAUGUUUGGUGUACCAACAGGCCCAAGAAAAUCAAGCUCAUGUUUCAUAGCUCUUUGAGAAAAUGUUGCUUUUAUUUCAUUGUUUUUCUAUGCUACAUUUUGGGAAAUCUACUGUGCUGUAUCAAUCAGCCUCUCUCUGACCCCCUUUCUCUCCCUUUCUAUUUGUCUCAAGUUCUAAGGAUAAAACUGGGCUGACUGUCAGGUAUGAUAUUCUCAGUUUUGUUCUUGUACAGAACCUAGGCUUUUAUAAAUGUAUAUUUCAAUUGAGCAUCUGAAUUCCUUGAGUAACAUUGCUGUUGUUUCCUUCCUUUCUCUUUAUAUGUCAUCCAGCCUGUUGAACUGCAUAUUCACUACUGACCAGAUGAACAGACUGUGUCAGUUGCUAGCGAGAUGUCCUGGCCUGUCUGUCCUGGAGUAAGUGAAUAAGUACCCAGUGUCCUUGAACAAGUCAGAUCAGACUGUGGGUAAAGACACAAAAUAAGUAAAGAUAUCUGACUUUCUGUUUGGCGUUAUGUUGUGACCCCUGCAGUCUCUCAGGAAGCCACAUCAAGGCUGAUACUCUCAAGGCCUUGACUGACUCUCUACAGAAGCUGAACAUCUCCAAACAGAUUGUGUAAGACUGAUCAUUAAUUUAAAAUGCUUUUUAAAAAGUCAUGACCUUGUGCCUGUCCUAUAUUAUGUUUGAACCCAGUCAUGUAGCCUAAUACGGUUAUUGGUUGUGUCUUGACAGUCUGAACGAGAUUCCCAUAUCGGUUGAUGGGUUGAUGGUUCUGACCAGUUUCCUUUCUGUAUGUCCUGAUGUGGUUCAAGUGGACAUCAAGUAUGUUGUGCAUAACACCCCUUCAUUUCUUAGAUAGAGCCAAUAUAGACUGCACCCUUUUAUUGUGUGUAAACUGCAACCACACUAAAACCAGCACAUUACCUUAUCACUUCCUGGUGUAAACACUUCAGAGGGUAUGUCUGUCAAGUGGCUUGUUAUAGGCCCAAACCAGACGUUGUGAACAUGAAAGAAAUAACAAUACUGUGGUGCCUUUUAUAAUGUAGAACUUCGAUGAUCAUGAUUUUUUAGAAUGCUCUGAAAAUGUUACCUUAACACUGACUGCUGUGCGGUUUCCCCAUGACAGCCUGCAGGACCCUGUGCGUGUGUCCAUACUUUUUGCUGGGGGGAUAGAGAAACACCAUCCUGAGAUGUCUAAGAAACUUUGGUAUGUACAAUAUACCAAUUGUUAUACUCUGUAUUCACUGUGUAUAACAAUAUGGAUAAUGGCUUUAAAGUUCUACGACAUUGUCUCUUCUUUUCAUCUCCGUUUCUCAUGAACACCUGUGGACAGUCUGAUUGGCUGUGCUCUUUGUCCCCCUCACUUGGACCGUCUGUGUGAGAAUCUGACGGACUGCUCUGCUCUGACUCUGCUGGAGUAAGUGCUCAGAGUUGUGAAAAGAGAGUUAGGUUGUGAAAAGUUUCAGAGAGUUGGGUUGUGAAAAGUUUCAGAGUUGGGUUAUGAAAAGUUUCAGAGAGUUGGGUUGUGAAAAGUUUCAGAGAGUUGGGUUAUGAAAAGUUUCAGAGAGUUGGUUUAUGGAAAGUUUCAGAGAGUUGGUUUAUGGAAAGUUUCAGAGAGUUGGGUUAUGAAAAGUUUCAGAGAGAUGGUUUAUGGAAAGUUUCAGAGAGUUGGUUUAUGGAAAGUUUCAGAGAGUUGGUUUAUGGAAAGUUUCAGAGAGUUGGUUUAUGGAAAGUUUCAGAGAAUUGGGUUGUGAAAGUUUCUUUGUUUGUGUCUGUUUAUCUUUUUCUCAUCCCCCCACCCCUUCUUUGCCUUUCUUAGUAUUUCCAACAAUUCUCUGGGAAACAAAGGUGUAAAGAAGUUGUUAGACCUCUUACCUCAGCUUAGCACCAUCCAGGAAAUCAAGUAAGAAUUUCUUAGCACCUACCUUUCCUCCCUUUCUUUUGCUUUAGCUUUUUUAGUUCAAAGCUAUUUCUGGCCAUCAAACCACUGCUUGUACCCUCUGUUUGGUGUAGUGUCAGUGAGAAUGCAGUCAGCAUGGAAGGGGUGGUGCUGCUAGCUGACGCUCUCUGCUCACACAGGAACAUGAGCGAAGUGAAUGUCAGGUAUUCACAUCCCCUAUUUCUUUCUCUCUAUCUGUCUGUCUGUCUGUCUGUCUGUCUGUCUGUCUGUCUGUCUGUCUGUCUGUCUGUCUGUCUGUCUGUCUGUCUGUUUGUGUCUCUCUCUCUAUCUAUCUAUGUCCUUGUUCUCUCUCUUGUGUAAAAUGGGCAUGGUAAAAAGUUAUUGAAAUCAUACUAUGUUUGAUUAGUAUUUUUGCAUUUGAGGUGAUGAUUAAAUAUACAAAUGUUACGUUUAUCAGUCAUGGGGGGAAGAAGCUGUUCCUGAAAUUCCAUUCCAGUAAAAGGUAAUAUUUUAUAUAUAUACUAAAGUUGUUUCUGUCAGUAUACCUAUUCUGUAACUCAGUUGGAUGGUGUAGUCCUAAUAACAACUCACUGAAUCACUUUCAUUUCAGAAUACAAUCAGAAGCACUCGGGACCUCACCAGAUAUGGAACAGGAUAAGAAAUUCAGGUAGGACAAUAAAGUUUUAGACAGAAGUCUUAACAUGCAAAUUACUUUCUGAAUUUCUGUUGUCCAUUUAAUAUCCCAUUCACUUUACCCUGCAAUAUAAUCCGAAACUUGUGUUUUUGUUUUUAGUCUAACUCACAGUGGUAUCCAGCCCACUGACAUGACCAGGCUGUGUAGAAGACUGGUACAGUGUCCCGGCCCACUGGAGCUAGAGUGAGUUCUCAUGUUACCGCUAACUAUGUCUAUGUUCUGUCUCUGUCUUUCAGGGUUAACUAUAAAAUACUGUAUUGUACAAUAUCUAUGUAUAAUAUCUAGUAUAGUUUCUAUGUUCUACUCCCUCCCUCUUCUUAGUGUGUUACAUGUAUGAUGUUUUCCUCCUUCUCGAUCCUAUAAAAGCAUUCUGCCUGUUGUCUGUUGUUUCAGUUUCUCCAAUGGAUCCCUGAGGGACGAUACCAUUGAAAAUCUAUUGAAUAUCCUGCCUAAGAUGACAUCUCUUCAGCUGCUCAAGUGAGAAUGCUUCACCCUGCUCAGUAAUGAUAAUCUCAAGGCCACAACACCAGUAAGGUGUUCAUUUCUCAUCAUUCUCUUCCGGCCCCUACCUGCCUCCACAGUAUGAGCCAUGUCCAGAUGUCUACGGACGGAGUGUUGUUAUUGGUCAGAUCUCUGAUAGACUGCCAGCGUGUCAGCGCUGUGGAACUCAGGUAUGUAUGGCUCAGGAUGUUAAGGUCAUCAUUCAUUCAUGUGGUUCACACAUUUGGUUUUAAAUGUAUGAACUGUGUUUAUAUAAAUUGCCUUAAAUAUUGAUGUACUUUUAAGGCCCCAAGGAGAAGCAUUCAUCAAGUUUGUCAACAUGAAAGCAGAACAAGCAACUUGCAGGUGAAUGCAGUUUAUCUGCUCGUACUGUUCCCAUAGAUAGACAUGUUAUAUUACAUUACAGAAAUUAGGUUUUAGGUUAAUUAAGCUGUUUUUAAUCAGUCACAUAUAGUUCCUCUUCUCUCUAACCUGGUUUAACCCUGACCUCAUGUCUGUCUGUCUAUCUCUCUGCCAGACUCACCCAGUACACACUGAGCAGUGGGGAUGUGGAGAAACUCUCUGGGAUCCUGGAGCAGUGUCCUCAUCUGUCUGACCUGGAGUGAGUGUCCCUGUCCCUUCCCCUAAUACACAUCCCUGUCCCUGGGUCACUGCCCAAAUUUGAGCAAAAAUAGCAGUACUUAUAAAUUAUGAUGUACUCGCAACUAAUGCACUGUAUUCCCAGAAAUACCUUACACUACUAGAGUAUAUGCCUCAACCAAUGGUCAAACUGUGUUUUCCCUCGCAGAAUGUUUUGGGGUGUUUUUUGUUUGUUUUUUUAACACAUUUUCAACCAACCUUUCUCAUUAUGGAUAAUAACCCAUUCUUUACAACGGUGCAGUUUAUCCAGUAACCUUCUGAGAGACGAGGGAGUGAAGAGCUUUGUGGAUUCUCUGCCAAGGCUGCGGAUUGCCAGCUCAGUGAAGUAAGACUCAUUGCAACACCCUAUCUUCCUUCAGUCCAUACAGUGAAAUCCAUUACCACUUGUGCUGAUUUGAUUUGAUUUGAUUUGCUGGUCUGCCUACCUGAGAUAAUUGUAUCAGUGCUAGCAGAUGCAUCUGUUCUAGCUUUAUGGAGGUUAGUUGUGCUUGCUUGUACAUCUGUAUGUGUUUCUCUCUGCAGUCUUAAUGAUAACAGACUGACCCAGAUGGGGGCGCUCUACCUGGUGAACACAGUGACGACCUGUGAGAAGGUGGCUGCAGUGGAAGUCAGGUAAAAUUCUAUUGAACAAUACCAUGUUGGCAAACUGAACAUUUACUUGUCUAGACCCCAUAGUGUGAAGGUCUGAGUUUUUUAUGUCUGUGUAGUUUGGGAACUGAGGAGAGGUCACUCAUCCGCUUUGAACAGGACAUUGACUGUGGCAAAACUCUGAGGUAGGACAACAAGGCUACUACUUUCUACUCAAUACUCAUAAAAUCAAUUAAAGCAGUCACAGAAACAACAUAGUGUAAACCCAUUUAACUAGUGGAACAGGAAGCAUUGUUUAUUUUGCUCUCAGAAAAAUACAACUCAUAUCGAAACUGAAAGGAUUGCCUGUACAGUGGGGGAAAAAAGUAUUUAGUCAGCCACCAAUUGUGCAAGUUCUCCCACUUAAAAAGAUGAGAGAGGCCUGUAAUUUUCAUCAUAGGUACACGUCAACUAUGAGACAACCACGACAGACAAAUUGAGAUUUUUUUUCUCCAGAAAAUCACAUUGUAGGAUUUUUAAUGAAUUUAUUUGCAAAUUAUGGUGGAAAAUAAGUAUUUGGUCACCUACAAACAAGCAAGAUUUCUGGCUCUCACAGACCUGUAACUUCUUCUUUAAGAGGCUCCUCUGUCCUCCACUCGUUACCUGUAUUAAUGGCACCUGUUUGAACUUGUUAUCAGUAUAAAAGACACCUGUCCACAACCUCAAACAGUCACACUGCAAACUCCACUAUGGCCAAGACCAAAGAGCUGUCAAAGGACACCAGAAACAAAAUUGUAGACCUGCACCAGGCUGGGAAGACUGAAUCUGCAAUAGGUAAGCAGCUUGGUUUGAAGAAAUCAACUGUGGGAGCAAUUAUUAGGAAAUGGAAGACAUACAAGACCACUGAUAAUCUCCCUUGAUCUGGGGCUCCACGCAAGAUCUCACCCCGUGGGGUCAAAAUGAUCACAAUAACGGUGAGCAAAAAUCCCAGAACCACACGGGGGGACCUAGUGAAUGACCUGCAGAGAGCUGGGACCAAAGUAACAAAGCCUACCAUCAGUAACACACUACGCCGCCAGGGACUCAAAUCCUGCAGUGCCAGACGUGUCCCCCUGCUUAAGCCAGUACAUGUCCAGGCCCGUCUGAAGUUUGCUAGAGUGCAUUUGGAUGAUCCAGAAGAGGAUUGGGAGAAUGUCAUAUGGUCAGAUGAAACCAAAAUAUAACUUUUUGGUAAAAACUCAACUCGUCGUGUUUGGAGGACAAAGAAUGCUGAGUUGCAUCCAAAGAACACCAUACCUACUGUGAAGCAUGGGGGUGGAAACAUCAUGCUUUGCGGCUGUUUUUCUGCAAAGGGACCAGGAUGACUGAUCCGUGUAAAGGAAAGAAUGAAUGGGGCCAUGUAUCGUGAGAUUUUGAGUGAAAACCUCCUUCCAUCAGCAAGGGCAUUGAAGAUGAAUCGUGGCUGGGUCUUUCAGCAUGACAAUGAUCCCAAACACACCGCCCGGGCAACGACGGAGUGGCUUCGUAAGAAGUAUUUCACGGUCCUGGAGUGGCCUAGCCAGUCUCCAGAUCUCAACCCCAUAGAAAAUGUUUGGAGGGAGUUUAAAGUCUGUGUUGCCCAGCAACAGCCCCAAAACAUCACUGCUCUAGAGGAGAUCUGCAUGGAGGAAUGGGCCAAAAUACCAGCAACAGUGUGUGAAAACCUUGUGAAGACUUACAGAAAACGUUUGACCUGUGUCAUUGCCAACAAAGGGUAUAUAACAAAGUAUUGAGAAACUUUUGUUAUUGACCAAAUACUUAUUUUCCACCAUAAUUUGCAAAUAAAUUCAUUAGAAUUCAGUGGCGGCUCCUGAAAAAAUUCUCAGGGGGGGCAAUUUUUCUGAUGAUUUAGGUGACCUACACACAUUUUAAAAAAGAUAUGUCCAGCAACAACAUGAAGACAGGGGCAGCAUAUAAGUCAAUGCCAGAAGCAUUUAUUGACUGAUCUCAAAAGUGUUGGCUUACAAAAGCAAAAUAAGUUAUCACAGUAAAAAUAAUCAAGGGUGUUCUUUCACAUUCCUCAACACUGCAUAAACAAUAUGCAUUUCCAUAAACAAAUGAAAUAUCAGCUGAAAAUACAGCAUCUUGGUAUUUGUUCAGAUUGCAGGAUCAACAAGAGCUUUUACCACAUUUUUUGCCUCAUGGUUGAAUUGGAAAUAUGUGCACCUGAGCAUAAUUCACAACAAGCAAGCAGGAGCUUUUGAUAGAGGCUACUGAAAACAUUGAUGCAAGUUAUUGGUAAUAAUAAAUUUUUAUAGACUUCCAUAUUCUGCCCUCUUGUAUAGAUUUGUGAAAAUGAACAGUGAUAGACAUUUUGCCUGAAAACAGAAUUUGAAAAUAAUUUAUAGAAAAGGUAAACACAGCUAUCUGUAUGGCUUUGUAAAAAUGAACAACCAUAUUCUGGCCAAUUGUAUAGAUUUGUAAAUAUGAACAACCAUAUUCUGGCCAACUGUAUAGAUUUGUAAAAAUGAACAUGAACAGAUUAUUUUAAUUUUUUUACAUGAAAAAUAACUAUUUUAAACAACAUCAACUGUGAACUGAUUUGGGCGUGUGUGUGUUAAAGAGACAGACAGGGAGGGACAAAGAGAGAGAGAGAGGCUACAUUACUUGUACUGAAACUGUUCUCUUCUCUCUUUCAAUGCAGCAAAGCGGUCAAUGACUUUCUCAUUGAAAUCAGGCAUGCUGAGGACUAGUUCCCUCUCCAUGGAAAGCAUGGCCAGUGCAUUCAGACGUUCCUGGCCCAUUGAAUUUCGCAGGAAUGUCUUAACUCGUGUCAAAGUUGAGAAACAUCUCUCAGCUUCAGCUGUUGUCAUGGGAGUAGUUAGGAGGAUGUUCAACAGAGUCACAGUCUCAGAGAACGUCUCCUGGAGGUUGUAGCUCAUGAGAACCUGGUACAGUGCCAGUGCACCACAGUUUGACUUUCUCGUCAUCGGCAAAAAGACCGUUCAGUCUCUCCAAAAGCACACUGGCGAUUGAGACUGAGGUUGAUUCUGAGAUGGGAAGGAACUCAAAAAAGCGCUCCUGCACUUUGUGGUUGCUAUCUAUGUACCUCAGCACAAGCACCAGCUGUGUCUGUGUAGAAACGUCCGUGGUCUCGUCAGCUUGGAUAGCUACGAAGUUCGCCGACUUCACCUCCUCCACAAUAUGUUCCCUCAUGACCGCUAGCAUACACUCCAGUAGCUCGUUUUGAAUGGUCUUUGAUGUGAACUUCUUUCAAAGAGACAAUCGAGUUGCACUGAACGCUAGCCAUCUUGAUAGUAGUACGUGAAUUGAUUGACGCUGCUACCCGCUCUUUUCUUAGUUACGUUCAUGGUUAUGUUACGUAUGACGAAAGCGCGUAAGUGCAAGCCCUCAGAAACCCAUAGAGAUUGUAUUGAAAGCUCUGAUAUUUGAAAAAAAAAGAUUUUACAUGAGAGGCUAUGAGACACUUCUGGGCGAUUUUCAACCUGACUGAAAUCGCCCCAAAAGGGGCGGGGCCAUUUGAAGCACGACUUUAGCCUGAUUGGACAUUUAGUGGCAGAUCAGACGUCUAGAUUAGAACACUGAUAACUACUGUUGCCGUGAUAUAAUUGAUUAGAAAAAAAAUCCCUUCCUUUUCCCGUUUGGCAGUGCGUCGCCCAUAUCGCCCUAAUGAACACACCGCCCCUGUUAGAAUUCCUACAAUGUGAUUUUCUGGAUUUUUUUUUCUCAUUUUGUCUGUCAUAGUUGACGUGUACCUAUGAUGAACAUUACAAGCCUCUCUCGUCUUUUUAAGUGGGAGAACUUCCACAAUAUGUGGCUGACUAAAUACUUUUUUUCCCCACUGUAUAAAUGAUAUCAAACCUCUUCUAUAUGACUCAUAGACAUGAAAUCUAUCUCUCCCACCGCCUCAGUCUCUCACUUUCUCUUUCUCUCUCUGCUUCAUGUUUCCUGAACCCUACAGUCUGAGAGAGUGUCAUUUUGGGGCUGACCAUCUGCAGAGACUAGCAGAGAUUCUGACAUGCUGUGCUGCUCAGUUGGUCAAACUGAGGUGAGAAUGGGACUGGGAGAAUUGCUUCACCCAAGGUUAUUAUAGUAGAUGAAAACGAAAACGAAUCAUAAAAAAACAAUUUAGUAAACAGAAAUAAAAUAAUUAACAAACCGGUUUGAAAAACGAAAACUAUACUGAAACUAUUACCUUUGACUCCAAAACGAACUAAAAUAAAAAACCAUCAUGAAAUAUGUUCAGUUUUAGUUUAUUUUUAUUUUUGGGGGGCAAAAAAAUCGAAUGUGGUUUUUAAGCCUUUGGUGGGUUUUCACGCUACUGAAUCUGCCAGGUAAAUGCAGCCAGGAGAUAGGGAUGUUUCAAAUAGGCCGAGCUUGUGCAUCACAAUAACUAGCUAACACUAGCUAACAGGGAAAAAAGGUGGCUAGUUAGCUACUUGAUUCUGCUUACAUGUACUACUAAAGUUAAAAAGUAUUGGAUUGAUGUAAACAUCGGCGAGAGAGAGUUUCAUUCCACCAUAUUUUUUACACCAGUCUCUGCGCUAUCCUUUUAAAUCCAAGUCACAUUGAUAUUGACUUUAAUUUAAACCUAACCUAACCAUGACCUUACCCAUCACCUUAUGUAUUAGCCUACUGCCCCCCAGUUCCAAGAGGUGACAUCCCAAACCCCCCCCCCCCCCCCCCCAAAAAAGUAUACAACACAAAUGGCUCCUAGCCUCCCACGUAUGCUUUCUGUCCUUAACACUAAAACUAAAACUGAAACUAAUUAAUAUAAAAACAAAAUAGAAAUAUAACUAUAACUAAAGAAAAACUUGCAAAUUAGGUCUAAAAACAACUAAAACUAACCUGAAUUUCAAAUAAAAAUUGAAAAACUAAUAGAAAUAAAAACAAACAUAGAAACACAAAACUAUAAUAACCUUGGCUUGACUUUUGCGAUAAUGAACCUGCAACACUGAAUUUGAAACAAUUAUAAUAUGAUUCCUGGGUGAUUCUCUGUGAUGAUGCAGUGUGAGGAACAGUGUUAUCUCUCUUGUAUGUAGGUUAUCCUGUAACACCCUGCAGAGAGAAGGCCUACUGGCACUGCAGAACAGCCUGACUACCCUCUCCUCAUUACGCACCCUGGAGUGAGCCACACACAUGUACACACCAAGUUAUUGAAUGGAAAAUGAAUGCCUUUUUUACUCUGAUUUACUUCAGGAUAAGAAACAACGGACUGAGUGUUCAGGUGAUUGAAGACUUGGUGAAGCAGCUGAGGUGUGGUCACUUCCAACGCUAUAUCAGGUGAGGAGGAGGUUAUGGGAAUGGCUUGUGGUGUCUGUGUAUUUGUGAGUGGGGUUUCUUGCAUGAGUGUGUAAUGCCUCGGAGUUAAAAGUCUAUAUUCAUUUCCCAUCAGUAUUGAGGAGACAUGGAUCACAGCAGAAGCAGCUGUAAACCUGGUCUCCUGCUGCUUGAACCUCAACCCCAACAUACACACCAUCAGGUGAGAAUUCAUGUUGGCAUUAGGUAAUAUUUAAGUAUAGGAAAAUAAAACAUGACAUGCAUAAUGUAUGUGUGAACUUGUUUUGCAGGGUAAAUAAAUCCACUGUACACAUUACUUUGGAAGAAUGCCAAAAUCCCACUCCUACCAGGUAAAGCUGAAAGACAUUUAAUGUUGUCUAUUUACAAAAUAUUUUGUAGAUUUGAAGAUAAAGAUAACACGCUCUUUCCGUUUUGACUGAGCUGCCUUUAUUUGAAUUUCAGUGGUGACUUUUCUACAGACAUGUCUGGCUCUCUGUCUACCGUGACCAUAAGGUGAAAGCAUCUUCCUCUAUCAUUCCUACAGCAACAGCAAUGUGUGUAAGCUGGCUCAGAAUUGGUUACUGCAUGUGAGCUCUCCCUAUCAUAUGCUCCUGCCUUUUGUGUCUUUCAGCCUGGUGGACUGUGCAGUGCAAGGGCACCACCUAGUGUCUCUGCAGACUGUGUUCCAGAAAUGUGUUCUGCUACAGGAGCUAGAGUAAGUAUCUGUGAGAAAGAGACCUGGCACUACUUUGGAAGUAGUGAAAGUGAUUCUAAUGUCUAAUUUAGUUUUAAGUUAUACAUGUUUCUUCUUUUCCUCCUUAGUUUGUCAUACAACAGCAUUGGUAGAGUGGGAGCAGAGUUGCUCUGCUCUGUCCUACCAUCCUUAGCCAGUCUGAGGAAACUCAGGUAUGGCUGGUGUUAUGGAUUUGGGGGUUGGAAAGGCUUUACAUUGAUGACCAAGGAUGACUAUCUUAGGCUACACAUGAAAAAUAUGUUUUAUUUUAUUUGUUCCUAGUCUUGAAUCAAAAGAAACCUCUGAAGAUGUGGUAUUGCUCCUUGCAGAGGGGUUGUUGCAGGCUAAAAGCAUUGAGAGCUUGAAGUAAGUGAUUGUCAUUCAUCCCCUAUGCCUACUUUUUAUGUUUCAUUCCUGACUUUCACCUAUCACCACUCUCUCCUGUCUCCCUCAGUUUGUCUGGUCAUGUGAUCAGUGACAGAGGAGCUGUAGUUCUGACCAGAACACUCCAGAACCUUCCUCAUCUCAGAACAAUCAAGUAAGAACUCUUGUAUUCUUGUAUUCAACCACCUGGCCAGUGAUACAACAAUACUAAUGCUGUGCCCUCUGUCCCCUAGUCUGUCCCUGUGCUAUGGUUGGACAGCAGCAGGGGCCUUGGACCUGGUGAGAGGGCUGGGACAGUGCCUCUCUCUGGAAGGGAUCAGGUAAAUUAUUAUUAUUAUUAUUAUUAUUAUUAUUAUUAUUAUUAUUAUUAUUAUUAAGGGUAUGAGUUAAAUAUCUGUAUCCUGUCCACAGCCUUGACUCUGUACAGCUGGAUGACGAGAGCACAGUGUGCCUGGCCCAAGGGUUCCAUGCUAUGACCUCCUUGAAGAGGCUAAAGUGAGUAGAGCAUCCUGAGUGAGAAUGUAGUGGGCUUUGCUAUGCCUGAGACAGAUUUGGUAUAGAGUGCUAUCUUUACCAAUGAUUUGUGAUCUGCCCCGUAGUCUGAAUAAUAAAGUUACCAUGGCGACUGGAUCCCCAGGGGAGGGGGCCACUCUGGUCCUACUGGCCUCUCUGAAGGGGCUCAGAGGGAUGGAGGAGAUAGAGUGAGUAGAACCAUGGUAACACAAAUGUCAAGUAGUAUCUGACUUCUGCAUGGACUAGCCAUCACGUUUGAUGUGGUAUUGUCAAUGUGUGUCUGGCCUGCAGGUUAGAGGGGAUGAGGAUGUCAGAUAAAGGAGUGGAGGAGCUUAUCAAACACCUGCCCACCUGGACAGGCCUGAGGAAGAUCAGGUAGGGAUUAUUGGCCUGGAGGAAUGGGUGGGGAAUGGCCCUGGACAAGAAAUAGACUACAUCAUUAAUGUGUCAAAUUAAAAGAUAAGAUAUGCAUCAGAAAUCUGUCAAAUGAACCAAUCUUAGAACCUGUCAAAGUGUCAGCUAAUAUUCCAAUGGGCUUCAUGGGUACAACAUUGGUGUGUGUGUGGGAUUCAGGCAGAAGAUUUUAGGUGUGUCAUCAUCAAAAAGGUAUAAAGCUGGUUCAAAGUGCUGAUUGGUUUGUAAAGACGCCUUUAUCAUAUAAUUCUGUUUUCUCCAUCACAAAGUCCAGUUUAUUCCACUUCCUGAACUGUUGCAGAGGAAACAUACUGAUGUAGCACUAUGAGCUAUGAUAUGAAAUGGACACAUUUUCCUCUCAAUGAUUAGAAGAGGAGAAUGUUGGCCCAUAUCUCUAUAGACUAUAUAAAACACACAACCAGUCUCUUUCCUCUUUAUCUUUGUGUCUCAGCCUGUCAGCGAACUGCAUCAGUGACCAAGCAGGAGAGAGGCUGGUCCAGGCCCUGGCAACCUGCACAGCACUGGAGGAGCUCAAGUAAGGCCAAGCCCAAACUAUCAAUGCAUAGUGCCCUGCUUUCACAAUGACCAAAAAUAAAAGGUUUGAAUUUUGACUGCAAACAAUGCACCGUCUGACCCAUGACUUUAUAUCCCAGUCUGUCUGUGAAUAAUCUCAGCCUUGCCUGUGCUGCCAAGAUGGGACAAGUUCUGCCCACUUUCACUCACCUCAGGGUUCUAGAGUAA